AUGAAGGCAUCCUGGCGAGGCUUCCGUGAUAUUGAAGUGGAAAUCGUCAUGGAAGUAUCUAGGGAGUCUUCCCAGGACAACUCGCAGCGCCGGAAUCCUGUCAAGUUCAAGUCCUGAAAACAGGCAAGCAUGCUGAAGUUGGAUUGAAUUCUCACUUGUCGUGGGUGUACUCAAAUGUCCAGCUGAUUCCAACCACUUAUUUCGGACUUCCGGUCCACGCUCACACGGAUGGUAUGCACGCAAAAGAGCUCCCGACCUCCUCUUUCAUAUCCUAGUAUACCAGCAAGGAGAGGAUAUUCGACAUGUCCAGUAUCCUUUUUAGAGUAUCUUCUUCAGAGGCGAUCGAAGAACGAGCACGAGGUCCACCGCGUGGAUAACUUGGCAAGCUUGGAUAGUGGAU